UGUAUCUCAAAUCAGAGACACACACAGUAAUCACAUUCACGCACUUUCUAAUUUUCAUUCUGCACACUCCCUUCUUUCUAUCUCACACACUAUUGUUCCUCAAGAUAGAUAAGAAAAAAUACUCUCUCGCUAGCUCUAGCUAGCUACGUUGAUUCCCUAGCUAGCAGUUAUCUUUGUAUAUUCAUUCAACUAAGAAAGUGAAGAAAGAAACAAAUGUGAGGGGCUGGCUAGAGAGAAGAAAGUGAUGAUAUAGAUCGAUCGAACGGAGGAAUCAGGACACACACAACAAGAAAGAAAGAAUCAUUAUCUUUCUGCAAAUUGCGUACAAAAUCUUUAAAGUGAAAAUCUUCCUUACGUUAACACAACACAAGAUUUUGUUCUUUUUGGUUUGGACCUUUCCAACAUUUCAUAUAUCUUUUUAUUUUCUUUUUCUAAAAGACACAUGAAUUACAUAUGCUGCGCACAUGCACGUAGUGUACAUAUUAUAGCGGUUUCAAGAAAAUAAAGAAUAUAUCAAUGGAAGCCAUGAAGAACAAGCUACUCGUUAUUAUUCUGUUAUCAUUCGCCAUAUGCUGUUUAGUUUUAACGGUUGCAUUAACGGUGGAGCCAACUUUAACGGAGAUUCUCCACAUAGGACUUGAAGGUGAAGUGAGUGUGGAGGCUUCGGAGUUAGAAGCAGUUUCAUUCGAUUUUGGAAGGUUAAGCAGCAGAGGAGAGAAGACGACGUUGGCCGUAGUUCGGCCAGCGUCGCUAGAUGAUGUGGUAAAAGUGGUUAAAGCGGCAAAUAAGUGGCCGCCUUUUGCGGUGUCGGCCAGAGGACACGGACACUCAAUAAAUGGACAAGCGGAUACAAGAAUGAAAGGUGUGGUGGUUGAAAUGGGAAAGGGAAUUAAGGGUCCUAAAGUUUGGGAGAAAGAAAUGUAUGUGGAUGUUUGGGGUGGUGAAUUGUGGAUAGAUGUGUUGAAAGCAACAAUGGAGUAUGGGUUAGCACCUAUGUCUUGGACUGAUUACUUGUAUUUGUCUGUGGGUGGUACCUUAUCCAACGCUGGUAUUAGUGGUCAAACCUUCAAUUAUGGUCCUCAAAUUUCCAAUGUUUUUGAACUUGAUGUUGUUACAGGAAAGGGUGAGGUGAUGACGUGUUCAGAAGAACGUAACUCAGACUUAUUCCAUGCUGUUCUUGGUGGUCUUGGACAGUUUGGGAUAAUCACAAGAGCUAGAAUUGCUCUACAACCAGCUCCUCAAAGAGUUCGUUGGAUACGAGUUUUGUACUCAAAUUUUUCAACCUUUAGUAAGGACCAGGAGUUUCUUAUCUCACUGCAUGGGAAACCAGCAAGCCAAAGAUUCGAUUAUGUUGAAGGUUUUGUGAUAGUUGAUGAAGGACUCAUCAAUAAUUGGAGGUCCUCUUUCUUUUCACCAAGUAAUCCUGUUAAAAUCAGUUCGCUUAAUGCUGAUGGAGGUGUUUUGUACUGUUUAGAAAUUACCAAAAACUACCACCAAGGAAAUGCUGAUUCUGUUGAUGAGGAAAUACAAGGUCUAUUAAAAAAGUUAGAUUUUAUACCAACAUCAGUGUUCACAACGGACGUGCCUUAUGUGGAUUUUCUGAAUCGUGUACAUAAGGCAGAACUCAAACUUAGAUCCAAGGGUUUAUGGGAAAUCUCCCAUCCAUGGCUCAAUCUUUUUGUUCCAAAAUCAAGGAUAGAAGAUUUUGACAAGGGUGUGUUCAAGGGCAUUUUGGAAAAUAAGACAAGUGGGCCUAUUCUCAUCUACCCUAUGAACAAAAACAAGUGGGACCAUCGGAGCUCGGUGGUGACACCAGACGAGGAGGUGUUUUACCUGGUGGCAUUUCUGAGAUCAGCUUUGGAUGCUGAGACACUGGAAUACCUGACUAAUGAGAACCGUCAGAUUAUGAGAUUCUGCCAUGAUUCAGAGAUGAAGGUGAAACAGUACCUGCCCCAUUACACAACAUUACAGGAUUGGAUGGACCACUUUGGAGAUAAGUGGACCCAAUUCAAUGCCAUGAAGAUGCAAUUCGACCCUCGCCGAAUCUUAGCAACUGGCCAACGUAUAUUUGAUUUUGUUCAACCUUCCACCGUCAUCACUAAGGAUGACAUGUAAUGAAUCAAUGCAGCAUAGCAAACAAAACAAAUUUGGAAGGACCCAAGUGUAAAUAAGAUAAAUAAAGUGGAUAAUUAAUUAAUUAAUUAAUUAAUUAAUUAUUCAGCAAUAAACAGUGGUGUACAAUAAUGCUUAGGAAUUAGAAGGAUUAUAUAUCACAGCAACAGGGUUGUUGUUUUUUUCUUCCAAAGGUGGGGUGGCAUGUGCAAGAGGGUAGUUGAGGCGUUGCUAUCUUGAGAUUAUUGGGAUGGAUGGACUAUGGAGUUGAGUUAUUGUUAAUUUGUUAUCAAGGUGAUUGAAGAGAAACGUGGGACCUUUUUUGGAGGGAAGGGGAGAUAACAAUACACAUGACAUGUUUCAGUGUAGCACCCGUGAUCCCGACCGCCCGUCUCAUUUGGUUGUCUUGUCCACAUACAAGCAGCUGUUUCCAGGGUCCACUUCUCUGGAAUGGAUGUUCAUGUUUGCCAACUUCCCUGUUUACAAUUUUCACCAUUUAAUUACACAAAUGAUUGCAACUUCAUUGCCAAAUCCAAAUACCUUGUACAUAUAUUUUCAUCUGGUAUAUAAAGUUGUCUAUCGUUUAAUUUAA